AGGGACAGAAUACUGCUAGUUGCUCUUCUCUGGUUCAUUGUUUUGUGGUGUUGCGAGGGUUUAAUAUGUCACUCUGUUAUGUGAAUGUGUUUCAACAUUUCAUUUCUCAUUGCACCAUUUUUUUUUGAAGAUGUUCCUUCUGUGAGAGAGGACUUCGUUCUUAAACUGUUAGCCAACCAGUUUUGAAAUAAGAAAGUUCACUACCAUGAGUUCCGAUGGAGAGGAGCUGUACGAAUACGCCAGGCGUGGCAAGACCGGCGAGGUGCGAGAGCUGCUAGCCCAGGGAACGGAAGCCGACGAUUUUUUGGCCUAUGACGGUUCGUCAGCGUUGCUGAUGGCCGCGCGGGGUGGCCACGUCGAAACUGUUGAGCUUUUGUUGAACGAAAGCAAGGCAGAUUGGAACUUACAAGUCGACGAUUUGAGCGGUAUUUUGCAUCUGGCUGUCCAAAAGCCAGCGGUUUUGCAACUGUUGCUCGAGACAAACAACAAAAUCAUGGCUGCUACUCCAAGUACAGACGCCAGUGCAACAACAAAUCAAAGCCCCAGUGGUAGCAGAGAACCCUUAAAAGUCGAUCAGCAGAACGAGGAUGGCUUUUCCGCUCUGCACCUUGCUUGCUACUACACGGACUUUGAUGCAGUGAAGGUGUUGGUGGAAAUAGGAAGAGCGAAUGUGAAUUUACUGUGUGACGAGGGCAGCUGCAUCGAUCUUCUUCCUGAGAACGAGACGGCCGAACCUGUAAAGAAGUAUUUAGAAUAUAGAUUCGAUGCUGGAAAGGCAGCUGCAGCUUCGGAUCAACCCGAGAAGAUAACAGAAAAGUAUGGGUAUGGAUGCUUUGAUGGAGAGGUGGCACCAGAUGAACAGUCAUGACGGGUUGAAAACACGCUUUGUGCAUGUAACCUACAGAUUCUGUUGUAGUUUAUUCGUCUACAACUUUCAGCUUCAACCUUUUGAUUAGAAUUAUUGAUGGAAGAACUGACAGACACGGAGGACAGCACAAGCCUUUUCUCGACGCAGAUGAUGAGCUAGGUGUGUUGGUCCUCAUCUCCCGUUGCAUCAAUCUUUUUCGGAAAC